AUGAGCUUUCGGCGCAGCCAGAAGGCAGACGGCCGCAGACGGAGUGGAGGAGAUUUGAUUCAAAGCCCUUCGCCAAGUUUCAACGAGGUGGACGCCCCCUCGACACCUUGCAAGGGUUCUUCACAGCCGAAGGCUCUUGUUGGCAGCCCGUCGCCCUUAUCUUGCCCACAACCUCGGCGGCCUUUUCCCAUCUCACCGCAUCCGAAUGGUUCUCCAUUGUUUGAACAGCUUAGUGGCGUGCCUGCUGGGACUGAAGAAGCAGCCAACAAGGAGUUGAACAGCAUUUGGAGUGGCACGUCUUGGAAGCUACCGACGGGCUCUGCAACGCCUGGACGCUCACCCUGGGAGAACAGACCUCUCAGCUCUGUCAGUACGAAUGCUGGUGCAACGCCUAGUUUGGAUGAUCAAAACAGCCGUCUCCAGUUCAGCCCAGCCCCAUCCUCCGCAGCCCCUACACCAUCCUUGCAGGACUUUGAUCGGUACAAGGCUGUCCCACCUUCUCAGGUGCGAAAAAUUUUUGUGGGUGGCAUCCCACAAGAUUUCACCCAAGAUGACCUGUGUGAGUUGUUCAGCCAGUAUGGAAUGGUCACGAAGGCAUGGCUGCAGCGGCACCGCCAGGCUGACCAUGAAUUUGGGGCAACAGCUCAGCGUUCUCAAAGCCAUCGUGGCUUUGGAUUCGUCAUUUUCCAGGAUGCCAGCAUGGUGGACGACCUCCUCGGUCCGGAAACUUCUUGCUUUCUGGAGAUCAAGGAUGGGCGUCGCAUUGAAAUCAAGCGGGCCAAGAGCAGCAAUGACAUCAUUGGCGAGAGACAGGUAUCGCAUCCAGAUGUGUCGAAGCCAGUGUGGUCUUGCAAGCCGAGUGGCCAGCAGCUUCAGUCCCAAACACAGCAGCAACCUGUGCAAAGCGCACACUUUGUCCCAUGUGCACGCAUGAAUUGUGGUGGCAGCCUGCCAGUCGGGGGUUGGCCAAUGAUGUGGACGGGCCCUGUGCCUGCAUCCCGAGCGAUGCUACCAGCUUGGGGUGGAGCCACUGCAGCUGCCGACAACUCACAGGGACAGACGAGCCCACAAAUGCAAGCGCACAUGCCAUCUCCCCCACCAGUGCCGCAGAUUCUGACUGCGCAGGUGCCACCGUUCUCGUUUCCUUGGGCUGGUGCUGCACAGUCAGAGGAAGACAAGCAAAAGCUAGUGCAGCUGCUUCAAGCUGCUGCGCCCGCAAAUUAUGAGGACUGA